ACUGGGUUGGAGGGAAAGGGAAGGUGGUGGGGGUUUUAGAGGACAAAUAAAAUAAGGCAUCACAAAAGUGGGGAAGGAAGCUCUCUGAGAUUGCACUAGUCAGCAAAGUGGCAUGUGGCCACAAACAGCAUUCAGAUGAAGGCAGACCAAUGAAGAUAACUAUAGGGACAAAAUACAGGACACCAGCCAGGAAGUGGGACCAGUUGCAAUGGGGUCUCGCCAUUUCCCGGCCCGGACUGUCCUGUUUGAAAGGGAGACAAGCGGAGUGACAUACCGAGUGCCAGCGCUACUCCACAUCCCAUGUGUAGCCAAACUGUUGGCUUUUGCAGAAGAGCGCCUGAGUGUUGAUGAUGCCCAUGCCAACCUCCUGGUGCUGCGGAGAGGCACAUUCUAUAAGAACUUUGUGGAGUGGGAAGACAUGCGAGCCCUUGAAACUGCAACUCUGCCACACCAUCGCUCUAUGAACCCUUGCCCCAUCUAUGAUGAGCUUACUGGCAUGGUCUUCCUGUUUUUCAUUGCUGUCCUGGGCAGGACCCCUGAAGCCUUCCAGAUCAUCACAGGCGAAAAUGCUGCCCGUCUCUGCUAUGUGUCUAGUUCUGACCAAGGCAUCAGCUGGAGCCACGUGACGGACCUCACCCAGCAUGUUAUUGGCAGGGCCAUUGAUGAUUGGGCCACUUUUGCACUAGGCCCUGGCCAUGGCAUUCAGCUCAAAUCAGGUCGCCUCCUAUUGCCUGCCUAUGCUUACCACAUCGACUGCAGGGAGUGUUUUGGAAAGCUCUGCAAGACAACCCCACAUGCUUUCACAUUCUACAGUGAUGACCAUGGACAGAGUUGGCAAUAUGGUGAAUUCAUUCCAAACCUGCAGACGGUUGAGUGUCAGAUGGUAUCAGUGGAUGAGGAAGAUGGAACCAAUAUGCUGUAUUGCAAUGCCAGAAGCCCGUUGGGUUUCCGGGUGCAAGCACUCAGCACGGAUGAUGGAGCCGUGUUUCAUGCAGGGCAGCUGGUGCAGAGGCUUGUAGAAACCCCUCAUGGCUGCCAUGGCAGCAUCAUUGGGUUCCCAGCACCACUUUAUUAUAUGCAUGGCAAUGUCUGCAGAUUCCAGAAAACAACAUGGCCAGCUAAAGGUAUAAGCUCUUUAUUGCAGUCCGAAACUGAUGAGAGACCUAAGCCUUUUUCACCUACCAUUUCCGUAUGCAGUCAUCUUAUAGGUGGCCAACAGCAACAGGAAAAAUUUGCAUCACUCAGAACUUGUAGUCCCAAACACAACAUCAUUCCUGGUCACAUCACCUCGGAUACAGCCAACAUCAGUGAAGAUAAUCAGGGAGGCAGAACUAUUUCCCAAUCAGGAAUUAUUUUCCAAAUCCCCACAUGGGUGCUUUAUUCCCACCCAACAAGCUCCAGAUCCCGAGUCAACUUAGGGAUUUACCUCAGCACAUUUCCCAGGGAUGCUGAAAGCUGGUCUGAACCUUGGAUUAUUUAUGAAGGGCCCAGUGCCUACUCAGACCUGGCUUACAUUCAGCUGCCUUACUCAGAGGUCUCUGUCACUGGGAUCCCAGCCAUAGCUUUUGCCUGCCUGUACGAGAACGGGGUGAGGACCCCCUAUGAGCAGAUCUCCUUCAGCAUGUUUACCCUGCAUGAAAUUCUUCAGAACAUUCCUCUAGCAACGUCUUCUGCCCGACUGAAGAAGCCAGAAGACGGAAAAAGAAAGAAAAGGAGUUGCGUGCUCUUCUAAAGCUCAGGUCUGAGGACCAGACAAAUGAGUGCACAGAUCCAAACUGAUCACGAGAAAGUAAGUCAAGGAUUCUUCACUCCCAUUUGAGCAUUGACAUGGAGAGCUUGGGAUUUUCAUGGGAACUGCAAAAUGUAGACAUAAAAAGAGAGAUAAUAAAAAGAAAAAGAGAAAGCAGGAGAUGAAAACAAUGUCAGAGUUGUACAUAUGUUUAUUUGGGGUAGAUUGUCUUUAGGCUCUCCAGAUUGAUUCAUCAGGCUCUCUGUGGUCAUGAACUAAUUAGAAACUAAAGCAGUAAAAGAGCCCCUGGUGGCACAGCAGGUUAAUCUGCUGAGCUGCUGAACUUGCUGACCAAAAGGUCAGCAUUUCGAUUCCAGGGAGCAGGGUGAGCUCCUGCUGUUAGCCCCAGCUUCUGCCAACCUAGCAGUUCGAAAACAUGCAAAUGUGAGUAGAUCGAUAGG